UUUUGACUUGCUUUUGAGCAUCAGAUUGCAUGCGAUUAUACACAUAGUGGACCUCGGCUGUGGAGGGGAGACCACCGGGCACCGUCAGAGAGAGGACAGCCGUCACCGACCGUGCAAGACGUACGAGGCGACGUAAACAGUAGCCACAAUGGUGAACCAGGUUCAGCGUGUGGACGGUAACUGGCAGUCAGGCAAGAGCGACUCCAGCGGAGCCAGCAACAGCGGCGGUGAGAGCUCCAAGGAGAGCUCCCGCUGCUCCACGCCGGUGCUCGACGCGGACCGGUCGGACAGGCUGCGGGACAAGAUGCUGAGGAGGAUGGAGUCUGGGGAUCGCUGGUUCUCUCUUGAGUUCUUUCCUCCCCGCACCGCCAGUGGAGCAGUAAAUCUUAUCUCAAGAUUUGACCGUAUGGGCUCCGGAGGGCCCCUGUUCAUUGAUAUUACCUGGCACCCAGCCGGGGAUCCAGGCUCAGACAAGGAAACAUCCUCCAUGAUGAUUGCAAGCACAGCAGUCAACUACUGCGGUCUGGAGACCAUCCUCCAUCUGACCUGUUGCAACCAGACAAAAGAGAAGAUCACUGGCUACCUGGCCAAAGCCAAGCACCUGGGCCUCAAGAACAUCAUGGCGCUGAGAGGAGAUCCAGUUGGAGCAGACUGGGAGGAAGAGGAGGGGGGCUUCAACUACGCCACAGACCUUGUCAAACACAUCCGCUCUGAGUUUGAUGACUACUUUGACAUCUGUGUCGCUGGGUACCCAACAGGCCAUCCGGAGGCAGAGAGCUAUGAGGAAGAUCUCAGACACUUGAAGGAGAAGGUGGAUGCCGGAGCAGACUUUAUCAUCACUCAGCUCUUCUUUAGAGCUGAAACGUUCCUUAAAUUUGUUCGGGACUGCAGGAAAAUAGGCAUCAUGUGUCCCAUCCUACCUGGAAUUUUUCCUAUCCAGGGUUACCAAUCUCUGCGUCAGCUUGUCAAGCUGUCAAAGCUUGAGGUACCAGAGGAGAUCACCAGAGUCAUUGAGCCCAUCAAAGACAAUGAUGCUGCCAUCCGCAACUACGGAAUUGAACAAGCAGUGGAAAUGUGCCGUUUGCUUUUGGAGAGUGGCGAAGUGCCUGGCCUCCACUUCUACACACUGAAUCGUGAGGUUGCCACAAUAGAAGUCCUCCGUCAGCUGGGCAUGUGGAUAGAGGACCCCAGGCGGCCCCUUCCCUGGGCAAUGAGUGCGCAUCCUAAACGGAAGGUAGAGGAUGUUCGACCCAUCUUCUGGGCAUCUAGACCCAAGAGUUAUAUCUACAGAACCCAGGACUGGGACGACUUCCCCAAUGGAAGAUGGGGGAACUCUUCAUCUCCAGCUUUUGGCGAGUUAAAUGACUACUACCUGUUCUACCUAAAGAGCAAGUCAUCCAAGGACGCCCUGCUAAAGAUGUGGGGUGAGGAACUGACCAGUGAAGACAGUGUGUUUGAGGUCUUCACCUGCUACAUAACAGCCCAACCAAACCACAGCGGACACAAGGUCAUGUGUUUGCCGUGGAACGAUGAGCCUCUGGCUCCAGAGACCAACCUGCUAAAGGAUGAGCUGGAGAAGGUCAACCGGCGCGGAGUACUAACAAUCAACUCCCAGCCCAACAUCAAUGGCAAACCGUCCUCGGAUCCUUUAGUAGGCUGGGGACCUGCUGGAGGCUAUGUCUUUCAGAAAGCCUAUCUGGAAUUCUUUACCUCCAGUGAAAAUGUGAAUGCUCUCCUCAAAGUGCUGAAGAAGUAUGAGCCCCGUGUAAACUACCACAUCGUGAAUGUACAGGGCCAUAACCUGACCAACGCUCCAGAAAUGCAGCCUAACGCUGUCACAUGGGGGAUCUUUCCUGGCAGGGAAAUUGUUCAGCCUACCGUAGUGGACCCAGUCAGUUUCAUGUAUUGGAAGGAUGAGGCCUUUGCCUUGUGGAUUGAGCAAUGGGCAAAACUCUAUGAAGACGAGUCCCCUUCACGGAUGAUCAUCAAAUAUAUCCAUGACAACUACUUCCUGGUAAAUCUGGUGGAUAAUGACUUUCCCCUGGAAAACUGCUUAUGGCAGGUCAUUGAUGACAUGUUUGAGUUGCUUGACAUGCCACCAGAGCUGGUCACCGAUGGAGCAGUAUCUGAGUAACUUUAAAAGUGAGACCUCUUCUCUAGGGGAAA